UGUACUACUCAUAAGGUUGCUGAAAAUCCAUCGACAGCCCACGAUCGGUUUCGCCCUUCUUGGGACUCAUCAGGCGCAGUCCCCGGGUUUCCGUCAACCUUAUGUUCUAUGUGAAAUCAAAUUGCACGAAAUCAUAAACGAGAGAUUCAGCUGGGUUCCAGUUAUAAAGAAUAAAAGUUAUUACAAUCGGUUCUCAGCACUCACUGUGGUCGGGUUUGCAACAAAAGCCGUUUCCGCCAACCCAAUUAGUAUCUUCGAAACUUUCGCCUAUCCUGAUACUUCAAAUAAAGUGUG